UCCAUCCGUUGUGCCAGUUCGCAUUGGUGCAGGUCUCCCAACUACCACCAUGUCCCACACGAAUCCCCACGGGACCAAUCGUCCCACCCAUUCCCAGCCGGCAAGUCCCGCACAAAUGUCCCUGAUGGGUGGACACGAACUUUCCGUCGAAGAGAUUCAGGAUCUCCUCGGUGGCGUCUUGGACGAUGAACACAACCAUCAUCCCCUCGUAUCGCUUACUCAUGCUGGUCUUUCGGAAGCGACCGAUUCCACCGCAGCGGCUAGUCUCGCAUCCCAUCAGCAGUCGCACCACGCACUCUCCUACCAACGGCUACAACUCCAACACUACCUCACGCACAGUCACAGCAACCCGUUACUCAACAGUGCCCGCAGUGACGAUGGAAACGACGACAAUAACGACCCAACGGACGCUGCGGCGCCCUCCUCUUCGAGUCGCGCCCUACCCCACGCCCUGGACGGCAAGGCGGUGGCGCGCUCGGAACGCAAGCGCUCACGGGAAAAGCAGCGUCGCUCCGACGUGAAUCAGCAGUUCACCGCACUCACCACCGUACUCCGGGAGAUUGAAAGUACCUGUGACGACGUCCACGCGCGAGCCCUUCCCGCCUUUUCGCCCUCCAAUCGGGCCGAUCUCAUUGCCCGCGUGAUCGGCUGUCUCGAAGCACUCCACGGAGCCGUCAAGCGACGCAAGGCGGAAAACGAAAGUCUCGAAACGCAACUGCAACAAGCGAAACAGGCAGGGGAAGAAACGGCAGCGAAACUCAAGGAAUCUCUCAUGGCGCCGCAGAGUUUCGGGCAGAAUCGGGUCAUGAUGAUGGUCCCCAUGAUGAUUGGAGCCAACGGUCCGGAAGCCAUACCACAAGGGACAAUGCCACCGCAAAUGGCCAAUAUGAUGAGCUACAUGACCGCACCGCCACAAGCCUACAUGACCGCACCGCAACCAACGCUGCAACAACAACAACAACAACAGCCCCCGCAAUCCGCACCUUCCCACGGUACCCCGGCGAACGAGUCCAACAGCGCUCCCCCCGCCACGGCACCAGCAACCGGCAAUCCCUCCAACACCUUUCCUUUCGUUAUGCCUCCCUACUUUAUGCCGUCGGCUCCCACACCCGCGGAUGCCCAGUCGGCUUCUUCCGCGUCCACCGCGGAUUCGCGCAAGGCCGCCCCGACAGGCGCUACCGAAGUCGGCAGUAAUCUGGCACACUGUGCCUAACGUAAUUCCUCGACGCCAGUCCUUAUAAAUUU